UUAAACGUGUUCUCCGGUUUUUUUCUUUUUCGAAUUCCCUGCAAUGUGCGCGAUUUCGACGCCAUGCAGCUGAACAAAUUGACAGUUGAUUGAAUACCACUCGAAACCGAAGGGGAUUAAACGGCUUUAACAAUGCACUCAAAUCUGUGGAUAUUUAUUUGGCGCCGUAAACUUUCCUUCCUGCUCGUUGUGUCUGGCCUGGUGCUCCUCGGCCUCUGGACGUGGGCCAUACUAAUCGAUACGACAGCCUCCUCCGCACAGCCACCGGUCGCACUCGCCAGUUCUGAACGCCAGCAGCAGGAGACCACUGGCUAUCAGCAGGUGCACAUCAUCCAGAAGCUAAUUGCCCAGGCCAAUCGAGUUCUGAGAGCCGAGCGACUCAAAGACAACGCCAUUGAGAAGUCACCUUCGCCGGUCCAGCGGUUGGGCAACGUGCGAUUUCUGCGACCCACGCAAGCGAAGAAGGCACCACUUCCCCUGUCCGAGAGCUAUCUGUUCGAGCAGGAGCGCCUCAAGAUCCUCGAACAGCAGCAGCGACAAAGGAACGCCGGAAUGGAGGAGCUGAAUGCCAAUGCCGAGGAUGAGCGAAUGCUCACUUCGUCGGAGCGACAGACUCAGUACGAGCACGAACUGCAGCGCAUGGGGAUUCCGGUGGUGGCCGGGAUCGGUCCGGAUGGUCCGAGGGCUCCCGCCGAGCGUCUCGUGCAUCUGGACUUGAAGGGCGCCCCGCCCAAGCUGAGCUUCCUCAAGGAACUUUUGCCGGUGCUGCGGGAACUUGGAGCCACUGGCCUGCUCAUCGAGUACGAGGACAUGUUCCCCUUCAGCGGAGCUUUGAAGCCUCUGGCGGCUCUUAAUGCCUAUAAGGAGGAUGAACUGAGGGACUUCUUGGAGUGUGCUGCUCUGCACGGACUGAGCGUGAUGCCGCUUAUCCAGACCUUUGGGCACAUGGAGUACGUCCUGAAGCUCUCCGGCUACGAGCAACUGCGCGAGCUGGCCAUUAGUCCGCAGUCGAUCUGCCCCAGCCAGCCGCAGAGCAUGGCGCUCCUGGAACAGAUGCUCACCCAGGUGAUCGAGCUGCACCUGCAGUGCUUGGGCCAAUCCACACCUGCCUCUGCCGCUCCAAGGGCCCCGAUCAGGUUCACCCACAUCCACAUCGGAUGCGACGAAGUGCAGAACAUGGGAGCCUGCUCCAACUGCCGCCAGCGGAUGCGCAGCGAGCUCUUCCUCUCGCACGUGGUUAGCCUGGCGCACUUCAUCCGCCGCCAGUGGCCGGAGUUGGGCGUGGUCAUCUGGGACGACCAGUUGCGAUCGAUGUCGCUCAGCGAGCUGCAGAACUCGCAGGUGGGCAGCUACGUGGAGCCAAUGGUGUGGGUGUACGCCAGCGAUAUCUAUCGCUUCAUCCAGCCGCAGCUGUGGGACACCUAUGCCAAGAUCUUUCCCGGCGCCUGGACGGCGUCCGCCUUCAAGGGAGCCUUCGGCGAGAGCCUGUUGGUGCCACCACUACAACAGCACUUGGAGAACAACAUCCGCUGGCUGGCGGUGAUUGCCAAGGAGGGCGGACGCUUUGCCAAGGGUAUCCGUGGACUGGCUCUGACUGGAUGGCAGCGGUACGAUCACUUCGCCGUGCUCUGUGAACUGCUGCCGGUGGGGCUGCCCAGCCUGAUGACUUCGCUGUCGACCGUCUCGAAGGGUUACUUCAGCACCAAUCCGAAGGACAAUGAACUGGUGCGCGUCAUGCAGUGCGCCUUCCAGCCGGACAGCCGGCGGUCGGGUCGCCCCUGGCUGGAUCUGCACCAGAACGGCCAUCACAGUCAGCUUUUCGAUGUUUGCACCUAUCCGGGUCACAUGAUCUACAAGUUUGCCAUGCGCCUGCUAGAAAAGCUGUCCGAGAUCGGAGUCUAUCUGCAGCAUACUCGCGAGGAGAGCGCCUGGCUCUCCGACUACAAUGUGCGGCACAACUUCAGUUCGCCGCUGAGGGUGCGGGACCUGACCGCCAGGGCGCCAAUGGUGAUCGAGGAGCUGCGCAUGAUGGCGCGCGAGGCCCAGCAGCUGCUGUACGAGGUGUACGACCAGUACACCGUGUCCGAGUUUAUCGAGCAGCAAAUUUACCCCACCAUCGAGGCACUGCAACAACAGUUGGCCAGGGCGGAGAAGCUACUGCAGCAACGCACUUGGCCGCAGAGACCGCUACCGCUGGCUUUAAAAGUCCAGGAGGACAUGGGCCUCUACACAAGCCAGCAGCAACAAUGAACUGCCCAAUGGACUGAUCCAAACCGACGGAAGUUCCGGUCUAAAUCUUCACAAACUCUGAAAGUGAUGGCGUUCAAAACGCUCAGUCCCAACAUGGCUGAUAAGCCAGGAUUACAUGAAAGCAGCAGCUACAUUUCCCUAAAAAUAAAUACAUAUUCGUAGCAUUAGUCACUUUUAAUACAAACACAUAAAUUAUUCAUUUUUUCUAUACCUACUUGUUUGUAAGCCGCAACUCAAUUAAUCAAGUUACACAUAAUCGUAUUUUAAUAAGAAUAAACAAGAGAUAAAGCAAUAGAGUUAAAAAAUUUGAGUUUUAUUUUGAAUCUCG